AUGUCUGGUUUUGCCUUUGAACAAGCUUCAGGUGGAUUUGUCUUUGAUAAUUGUCGAUAUGUCUUGCCUGGCACAGUACGAAAGACUGGUACAACAAUUGUAGCAGUCAAAUACAAAGAUGCUGUUUUAGUUGGUGCUGAUAGUCGAUGUACAAAAGGAAAUAUUAUAUUUGAUGAUAAUAUAUUAAAAAUUCAUCGAUUAUCUGAUAAUAUAUAUGCACUCGGUGCUGAAACAUCAGCUUAUUGUGAUUUUCAAACAUGUUUACUUGAAUCUCAACUUAAAUUAAAUCAAGAUCGACAAGUUCGAGUUGCUACAGUUGUUAGAAAACAAUCGUAA